CAAAGAUAAGGAAGGGGGGUGACGUUUUACGAGCAAAGAAAGUUGGAUUGUGUUGUAUGGUGUGUAGCUCGAUCACGAGAAGUUAAAUACCUGGGGGAUGCGCCACUUGACCCCUCUCUUUCGGUUUUCAUCCUCUUCAGCUUAUUCUUUGUCAGAUAACAUAACUUGGUUUUUGUUGUUAUUGUUGUGGUGGUCGGAUAUAUUUUUAUAUAUAUACUUCCCUUAAGUCCGAAGUAACGUCAUAAUGGGCUUCUCCUUCGAAUCAUCAACCUGGCGUCGCCUUAAUGUCGGUAUUGUUGGCGGCGGGAUCGGUGGAAUGGCUGCGGCUAUUUCGCUGCGUCGGGCAGGUCACGAGGUGACUGUGUAUGAGCGGAAUGAUUUUGUGGGGGAGGUAGGGGCGUCAAUUUCGUGUGCUGCGAAUGGAACACGCUGGUUGCAUGAAUGGGGGGUGGAUGUUGAGAAAGGUGAUCCGGUGGUUCUGAGGAAGUUGAUUAAUCGGGAUUGGAAGACGGGGGAACCGGUUAGUGUUUAUGAUUUGGGGGAUUAUGAGGAACGCUGGGGGUUCCUCUAUUAUAUGUUUCAUCGCCAGUAUAUGCAUGCUAUGUUGAAGGAUUGUGCGAUGCAGGAGGAGGGACAGGGGGAACCGGUGAAGUUGAGGGUUAAUUUUCAGUGCAAGGAUAUUGAUCUGGAGGCCGGAGUCAUCUCCUUUGCGAAUGGGGAGACGGCCCAGCAUGACUUGAUCGUCGGUGCAGAUGGCAUUGGCUCGGCUGUUCGUGGUAUCAUCGGUGUUCAUCCCGAAAGGAAGCCUGCACCCUCGAGCUGUCUGCAUGCGAAUGUGACUACGGAGGAGGCCGUCCGAUUGGGCCUGGUUGAUUACUCCAAGGAUAGUGCCCUGCAGUACUGGGGUGGUCAGGAAGGCAAGUGGGACAAGAUUGUGCUCUCUCCUUGCAACGGCGGUCGCUUGCUGUCGUACUAUUGCUUCUUCCCUCGAGAGAUGGGAGACUAUGCGAACCAUACCUGGGGUGGCGAAGACCGUCCUGUCGAGGAAUUGCUGGCGCCUUACCCUCAUCUCGAUCGCCAGGUCCUUUCGCAUCUGGGUAUCGGCCAGGAAAUCAGACCAUGGCGUCUGUGGGUGCAUCAACCAUACCCAUACAUCACCAAAAACAUGGCUUGCCUGCUGGGUGAUGCAGGGCACCCGAUGAUGCCCCAUCAGAGUCAGGGUGCCUGCAUGGCGAUUGAAGACGCCGCUGCCCUGGGAAUUGUUUUUAGCAGGGCGCACUUCAAGGGCGAUGUCGCCAAAGCGCUGUCGAUCUACCAGGAAGUCCGACUGCCCCGAGCCACCAAGGUCCAGGCAGCCUCUGCAAAGGCAGCAUAUAACAUCAAUGAGCGCAUCGGCUUCUCCAGCAAUACUAGCACGGCCACAUACAAAGUGGAGGACGAGAAAAAGAAACUGACAAUCGAAGAGAUGAACGCAUACGAUAUGCACAGGGAUAUUGAGGAAGUCGCUGCCACGCAAAAGGGCCUACCAUAUACCGGCAAGUUCAUCAGAGGGCUACCCGUUGGUUUGAAGCUGUCAAACGGAACGAUUGUCGGGGAACAUGGGAAUGUCUCGCCUCAGCCUCGAAUCUGAGCACAGCCUUUGUGCACCAGUUACUGAGCUUAGUCCUGCAUUGGUGGUGGAGUUCAUCCUUUUGGGGUUGUAUUGUAUCUAACGAGACCAUGAUUUGUGAUUGCAUUUGAGCAGCUGACAGUAGUCAAGUCCUAUGAAUUAGUAUGCCUUGUAAUGGA